AGCGGGACGAAGCUCAGGCCCCUCCAGAGACGCGCUCCGCCAAGCCUGCCCCAGGAGUGGAGCAGGAAGUGCCCAUCAGUGGAGUGGAUCCCUGUCUGUUUGGAACUGCUGAGAGACCCAGCAACUCAGAAAUCCAGUGACAGAACAUGAAAAUCAGUGCUGGAUAAUGCGGUGAUGGGUUUAUGAGAGAGACAAAGAGAUUGUUGUGCAUGGAGAUAUAUCGAUAGUGGCCAAUAAUUUCUAGCACUUCAGGAUCAAAUGCUUUGCAAGUUGGGGAAAACCAUCCAAAAACCAACACAACAGAACUGCAGGAUGGCAGAACUGAAUAAACAGCAGAACUGACAGUCCAGGGAAUAUGGGCUGUACUGAACAGACAUACUUGAACCUUGAAACACAGAGUCUGGGUUGAAUCGAGCUGUGGCAGCCUGUCUGUCUGGACUUUGCCCAAGGACACUAAGGGCAUAUCUACACCACAGCUGGGGGGAUGCUUCCAAACUCAGCCAUCACACAACGUGCUGAGGAAGAAAAUGUCCAACCAAACCACCGUGACCGAGUUCCUUCUCCUGGGAUUCUCUGACAUUCGGGAGCUGCAGAUUUUGCACUUUGUGGUGUUUCUAAUGACUUAUCUGGCAAGCCUGUUGGGGAAUCUUCUCAUCAUCACAGCCAUAGCCCUCAAUUACUAUCUUCACACCCCCAUGUACUUCUUCCUGGUGAAUCUGGCCAUACUAGACCUUGGCUCCAUUUCUGUCACCAUCCCCAAAUCUAUGGCAAAUUCCCUCAUGAACACCAGGGUGAUCUCUUAUUCUGGAUGUGUCGCCCAAAUCUUUCUCUUCAUGUUCCUUGGUUUUGCUGAUUUCAGCAUCCUGACUGUCAUGGCAUAUGAUCGGUAUGUCGCCAUCUGCCAACCACUGCACUAUGAGAGAGUGAUGAACAGGAGAGCUUGUGUCCAAAUGGCAGCCACUGUCUGGAUCAGUGGUAUUCUUUACUCUGCCCUGCACACUGGAAACACAUUUGCAUUAUCCUUAUGUGGAGGAAAUGUGGUGGAUCAGUUUUUCUGCGACAUUCCCCAGCUACUCAAGCUUGCCUGCUCUGACUCAGACCUCAGUGAAACGGGGGUUAUUGUCUUCAGUGCAUGCUUAGCUUUAAGCUGUUUUGUUUUAAUAAUUGUGUCAUAUGUUCAGAUCUUCAGAUCAGUGCUAAGAAUCCCCACUGAGCAGGGCCGGCAAAAAGCCUUUUCCACCUGUCUGCCUCACAUCACUGUUGUCUCUUUGUAUGUUUCCACUGGCAUCAUUGCCUACCUGAAACCAAACUCAAGGUCCAUAUCACGUCUGGAUCUCGUGGUGGAUGUUUUCUAUUCCAUAGUACCUCCAGUGCUGAAUCCAAUCAUCUACAGUAUGAGGAACAAGGAGAUCAAAGCUGCCCUGAGGAAACUGAUUGUACGGAGGUUAUUUACAACCAAAUAAAUGUCCAUCUUUCUCUUUUGAUUUUAACUUCCUUCUAUCUUUACUUAUAAAUAUAAUCAAAUGAUGAUAUAAUUGACUCCAUGAGAACAUGGUUUGUCAUCUCUUUAUGCAAAAAGUGGAAUUUGCAUUGGCAAAAAUGAAUACACGACUCAAGUCAAUGGAUGUAAUGUAAAUGCAUGCCAAUGUAAAUAAUAUUAUUGUCUAGCUCUUUGCCUGUGUAUCUUUCUAUCACAGUAUUGUGUACUGCCACCCAUCACUAUGCUAUGUUAGCACCUUCUUCAUAAAAUCAUUAGCCAUAUCAAAGUCCUUAGUGAACCUCUGGGAGUGUCUGGCUCUUGUUUUUGGAGUAAAAAUUGGAUUGCAGUGUCAGUGCAGUAGCCGUUUGUUUUUUGUCUCCAUCUCUGUUUUUUAGUUUUUGGAGGGUUGAUUUCUUUCUUUGUGCAAAGUGUUUUUAAGGUGGGAAUGACUGGGCAGAUGGCAAGUGUUCACUUAGACAGCAUAGCUGAUGUUUUGUUACCUAUCGGGGGUGCCCAAAUGUCAUCUGUUUGAUGGGGUUUUCUGAGCGAGCUGAAAGUUUUCUUUCCACAAUGAUAAAGGUGUGCACAAGAAGUGUCUGCAUGGUUGAGUUUCUGUUGAAAUAAUUAUAUGAAUAGGACUGGGAUAUCAUUGUACUUGUAAUGAUGUGUUAGGGAACCAAGAGCCUUAGGUAAACAUCUUUUAAUUAUUGUAACCCUAAAUCAAUAAAUCA